AUGAAGAUUGGAUCGCUCCUAAUUUCUUUACUUCCCCUUUCGCUCGGGUCUCCCGUGUUUUCUCUGCCUUUUGGAGAAGUGCCCUUUGGGAGUGAACUGCGGGUGUUACAACUAAGUGCUGAUGAGUUCGUGACUGUACCAGAGACAGAAAAGCUGUUUUUACGUAGAAGAGGUACCAACUUUUUUGACAUUACUUCGCAUUCGGGGCAAAUUGCAGGCGGCAAACUCAAAGAUGAAAUUCCUGUUCCUGACUACCUGUACCCCACUGAGCUUAACGAAAUAGAAACGGUUUCAAAAGUUAACAAAAUGAUUAACACCAAUUCCAUGCAAGCUAAUCUGGCUGAGAUUACCAGUUUUUAUACCCGCUACUAUAAAUCGCAAAGUGGGUUUGAAGCGUCAGAGUGGGUUUCAUCUAAAAUCAUAGAAUCGACAGAAAAGCUUCCAAAAGAAAUUGUGUCAGUGAAACAUUUUGACCACAAGGAGUGGGCACAGUACUCUAUUAUUGUGCAGAUUAAGGGAUACGAAAACCCAGAUAACGUUGUUGUAAUUGGUUCUCAUUUGGACUCUAUCAACCUGUUGCUGCCCUCAAUUUUACCGGCACCAGGUGCGGACGACAAUGGUUCCGGUACUACGACCAACUUGGAAGCACUGAGGUUGAUAGUGGAACACAUCUUAUCAUCGGGUAAGACGUUUAGAAAUACCGUCGAAUUCCAUUUCUAUUCCGCAGAAGAAGGUGGCCUACUAGGUUCUCAAGACGUCUACGGCGAAUACCGUGCGCAGAAUAAAUCAGUGAUGGCCAUGCUACAACAAGAUAUGACCGGCUACGUGAGAGACCCAUCGAACGAACACAUCGGGGUGGUUACCGAUUAUACUACUCCAGCGUUAACCUCUUUCAUGAAGUUGGCUAUUGACAAUUACCUAGAUAUCCCCUACGUCGAAACCACCUGUGGUUAUGCAUGCAGCGAUCAUGGGAGUGCGCUUAAAAACGGUUAUCCAGCCUCAUUUGUAAUCGAAAGCGAUUUCAAGAAAACAAGUAAAUUCAUCCAUUCAACACUAGAUACCAUGGACAGAUUAUCCUUAUCCCAUAUGGCAGAGCACGUCAAAUUGGUGAUUGGGACCGUUUUUGAGUUAGGGAAUUGGCCAUACUUCACCAAAAUAUGA